AUGUUCAAAAUGAUAGAUACGGAUAACAGUGGCAAUAUCACUUUCGAAGAGCUCAAAGCUGGCCUCAAACGAUGUGGACAUAAUCUUAACGAAUCUGAGAUACAUGACUUGAUGAAAGCUGCAGAUGUUGAUAAUAGUGGUACAAUCGACUAUGGGGAGUUUAUAGCGGCAACAUUGCAUAUGAACAAAAUCGAGAAGGAGGAUCAUUUGUUUAGGGCGUUUUCGUACUUUGACAAGGAUGGGAGCGGUUUUAUUACACAAGACGAGCUUCAAAAAGCGUGUGAAGAGUUUGGCAUAGAGGAACUUCACCUGGAAGAAAUGAUUCUUGAAGUCGAUCAAAACAACGACGGUCGAAUAGACUAUAACGAGUUUGUGGCGAUGAUGCAGAAAGGAAAUACGGAUUUCGGUAGGAAGAGGUUACAGAACAAGUUUAAGAUUGGGAUUAGGGAGGCUAUGCCAGUUUGUUAA